ACUGACAUGGCUAGUAACUCAGUUCUUGGUAUUUAAAUAGCUGCUUUUGGCCAUUUCCAGCUGGCUGUUUGUGCCAGCACUGCGUGGUAUCCGUCAGAUACGAUCCACAAACCGCUCGGCCGUGCCAAGCCAGCGGAUUGUGUUUCAGUUCGCGCUCAACUCACAGACCCGACGGUCCUGCAAACGACAGAUAAAAGAUUUCUAAUAAAAACAAACAAUAACAGCACUAAAAUGCACUAAACCGAAACUAUCUAACCCGAACUGUAUAUAAUUGUGUAAAUAGUAGUCCUCGAACCUGUAGCUCGAACGUCUGCCCCAGAGCGCCUGCGCGAACCCCGGAGUACUUGCAGCUGGACGGGCCAAGUUCCAAUAGAUUGCGCUGCCCAGCGUCCUCGGGAUAUUUGUUUGAUCGAUUUUGUGCGGCGCAGCUUGUGAAGGCAUUUCGGUUGCCACUGAAAAGCUAUCGCCAUGGCGAGGAAAGUGUGUUAGCGAAGUGAACAGGAAGCAGGAACAGCUGCCACCCCCACAGGACUCUGUGCAGAACAACCCCCUUCGAUCGGAAAACCUACCACAAAUACGCAAAAACAGUGCACAUACCCUUUAAGUUUUCGUUUCGUUUUUCAAGACGCGCUGCUGACUAUUGGCUCUAUAUAGCGCGACUAUAUAAGCUCUGCAAUAAGCCACGGCCGAUACCCAAUCAAACCCCUUUUUGUUUCCAAGUCGACGCUGGAAAGUGCUUCGCCGAGUGAAGUUCAACAUUUCCGCAGCGAACAGUAGAAGACGGUUUUCAGUUUUUUUUAAUUAAGUGAGAAGUCGAGAACGUUCGGUUUUGGUUUUUAAUUGAACUCAAUUGCACCAGACGCGAAACGAAUUCGAGCCGUAAAAGUGAACAGCGCUCGAAGUAGAGCAAGUCCAUAACAUCAUCAGCUCGCGCCCGAUGCCGCUGCACAAUUAGCAUCUGAUCGUCCGGAGCAGAAGCCGAGCAGCAGAAAGUACAAGAUAAACGCCACUAGAAUGUAUCUCAUACAGACUGUUCAGACCACUUGGCGGCCCCAGUUGCCGCUGCCCAGGGAGCUCCAGCUAGCCGAUGACCGGAACAGCGCCGACGACAACGACUCGAAGGUGAUCGCCACCACGACCACCACCGCGGACAUCCAUCACCAGAACCACCACCACACAUCCACUCACCAAAAUCACCCCCAGAUCGAGGAGGAGAACAUGGAUCGGCUGAGGGGCAAUCACAGCAUCGGGGGCUCCUCGCAGCAGCUCUUCGGCAAGCAGAAGUGGUCCUUCGGGCGGCUCUUCCGCAAGAAGAAGGAGGCGGAGAGCGCCUCGUCAAGUGAGGAGGACCGUAAGGCGGGAUUUGUGCCCUCCCAGCGCCAGAGUACUAGCAGCAAGCCCAAGUCCAAGCACGGAAAAGGCUCGCGUGCUUCCAGCCGAUUCGACCACAUCGUGGCGUCGCCCCAGCAGGAGCAGGCACCACCCCAUCCUCCGCACCCCGUUGACAACGAGUUCUUCCUGCCCGUGGAGGCCAUUCCUCCGGAGCCUUACUACCAGAACCAGCCUGGUUACUAUCAGAGGUACAGCAACUCCCUGGACAGAAGGAUGCUGCUCCAACAGCCGCCCGUCUACCAGGGGAACGGCCUUCAGCAACAUAAGUCCCGUUCGGUGCAACGGGGGCCCAAGGUGCCGGGCCACUCCAGCGAAGAGGAGCUGAUAUCCUUGAACUCCUCGACAUUCUCCAAGUACCGCAGCGACGAGAGCAUCCAUCUGGGGUCCACCGGCCCAGGACAGAGUCGUCGCAGCAGAGCGGCGAGGAACGAGCGAUACUAUAAGAGGCUGUCGCGCGACGGGGAGCCGAGUCACGGCGGAGUUCCGGCGAAUGUUAAUCCGCAAUCACGCUAUAAAACCCAGCCGCUCCCGCUGUCCAUCUACCAGCCGACGAACCCCGCCAGCGGCUAUGUCCAGUGGCAGCCACACCAGCAGCCGCAGCAGCAGAAGAGCCUCCAGAACACGAUGCAGAGCGACGGCAAGCGCAGCAUCAGCUACGACAGCCACAUCCAUUUACAUAACACGGGCGGGAGGAUGCAGAGCAAGCCGUUGCCUCCUCCGCCACCUCCCCGCGAUCCCCUGCGGAGGGUCCAUGUGUCCGGCUCCGGCCAAAUGGGAUCCAGCUCCGGGGACCUGCGGCCAGUGUCCUACGCUUUCGACCAGAGCGGCCGCUGCGUGUCCGACGACCGGAUCUGGCAGCCCCCGCACUACCAGUCGGUGCACUCGCUGAACUCCCAGCCCACCUCCUCGAUCGCCAGUGCCCCGCCAGCGGGCCAGCCGCAGCAACCACAACACAGGAGGUUCAUCACGCGAUCUGAGAGGAACGCGCACCCCGGAAAGCAGUCGCUGCCGAAUGGCAUUGAUUUCCACUACGUGGCCGACGCGACUCCUCGCUCCAGAAAACCCAUCCACAUGAUGGAUCCUGGCGGCAAGGCGGGCGGAGCAGGCACGCCGCCCUCCAGUGGAAUCCUGAGGACGUCCAAGAGUGGACUGCCCACGCCCCAGCCCGCUCCCCAGCCCCCGCUGGCCAAGCCCCGAUCGAUUUCCAGCUCCCGGCUGAGCGAGCUUCGCACCUAUCCGAUGCCCAUGUACUCCGAGGUACAGAAGCCCAAGAGGAGCGCUCCUCCGAUGGACCACGACAACAUCGUGUGCGGCAGCUUGCACAUCAAGCCCAGCCAUGAGUGUGGCAGCCAGAACUACGUGGAGAUCCGCCACCGGGACGUGCAGAAGACCAACUCCAUGCCGCACCACUACCAGAACCGACGCUCUGGAGAGGAUCUGCCGAACAAGUACGAGGAGUACGUGGCCGAGAAGCGGGAGCAGCACCAGCAGGGCCCGGCUCAGGUCUACCCGGAACGCAAACAGAGCAAUGCCAGUGUGAAUGCUCCGCCGUUGUUCUUCCCACGGAAGAAGCCGGCCAACUUGGAGGAAGCCAUCAAUGAGCUGGAGGCCAUCUACAAGUCUCUGGGUCUCUCGGAGCCGCCCGAACCGAAGGCAGAGCCAAAGGUGGAGGCCGUUCCCAAGAUCCGGGUGCCCACGCCCAGUGAGUUCGAGAAGUUCGCUCUGGCCCAUGCGGACGACUACGAUGAGGAGGACUCUCCCACCGGGGAACCCGAUCCCGUCCGCGACGAUGUGGCCUUCAGGAACCUGCAGCUGGCCAACCUCCAGCACCGCUCCUCGGAGAGGCAGCCGCCAUUCGGCAUCCCGGUGGGUCCCAUUGUGCCGGCUCCGCAGUCGGAUUACCUUCACGUGGAGCCGGUACGGUCGCGAAAGAAGAGUGGCUCCCCGGACAUCGUGAAGGACGAUCUAGCAGUCCGAGCCUUGCGAAAGGACACACCGGGUCACAAGGCCAGCAUCGUGUACCCCAUGCAGAAGAAGCAGCGGGCCACCAGGACCCAGUCGGCCAACAUAUACAACCUGAUCCACAGAGACGCGGCAAAGCCCUCGGGAGGAGACCUCAGCAGCUACAUGGAGCUGUCGAAGAGCCUCGAGAGAUCUGGCAGCAUGUCCAACCUGCAGGGGGAGGUUGCCGACGAGCCCAACGACAUACCGGCCACCCUGGACCUCCUGCGCAAGCUGAAGGCCCAGGACGCGGAGCUGGACUUGGCCAGGAAGCACCACCCAAUUCCCUUCAGACACCCAAGCCUGGGCGGAGCCAUCGCCCAGCUCCCAGAGCGGCUGACCAAGGAAGAGGCCUCCAAGGUGGCGCCUGUGCCAGCGCCCAGGAAAAACGUCACUCCGGAACCCAUGCUGGACGACGCCCUCACCAAGAUCGCCCAGGAUGCACAGGCCAGUAGCAUCAAGCUCAGCCAGGAGCUUAGCGAACUGCGCAAGGAGGCGCUGAUUACGGCGGCCAGGCCCAAGCUGAAUCCCGAACAGCAGCGGCUGGAGGAGGAGCUCCAGGAGAUAGAGGCCGUUUCCGAGGCAGCCAAGCGAUGCGGCCAGAUGCUUCUGGAGACCCUGCCCGACGCCGACCCAGAGGACCGGGAAGCGGAGCAGCCACCCCAGAGGAAAUUGCACAAGGAGGGCAAGCUCAUCCGAGCAAUCGACGAGGUUUCCGAAGCAGCCAACGCCGUAUGCGAGAAGAUCCUCAAGGACAUAGUGACCACCGAGCCCCCAGUGGUGGUGCACGAGGCACUGCAGGUGAAGCAAACGACCAAGACCGGCGCCGGUGGGGAGCAGCUGGUAAUGCCGCAUCUUAUCAAGAAACUGGACCCCAUUCAGUCGGAUAAGAUCGAGCACAUUGCCCGGCGUUGCAUGCGGCAGCUGAGCGAGCUCGCCGCCAACCCGGACUACGACAACCUGGCCCCCUGUAAUAUGAGCACCAGCAUCCACGCCAAUGCAGGGGGUGACGCCACUCUCGUUUGUCCCGUUCCAGAGCCCCGGGCCGCGAACCAGACGCUCGAGGAGAUCGACAAGAUAAUGCAGGAGUGCGAGCGCCAGGCCAAGGUCAGCAGCGCUGGAUCCGGAUCCGGGUCGGGAUCCGCCUCUCACCCCAGUACGGACGACCAGCGAACCACCGCUCCCAGCAUGACCAGCGGCAGCGGCUGCGGGAGCUUCCCACCCAAUGUGAGCACCACCGCCAGCUCGUUCAGCUCGAGCAGCGACUGCCUGGCCAAGUCGUCGAGUCCGUCGGGCGCCAGCCGCCCGUUCUCCUCGAGCAUCACCUCCUUCAAUCCGUACUCCUCGAGCGACUACAUCAAGUCACAGAGCAGCGACUGCCAUGCACCCAGCACAGACCCGAUCAAGACCUUCAGCACUACCUCCUACGAGGUGCAGUCCACACCGCAGAGCACCACAAUCAGCACCAACUCCAUGAGCACCAGUCAGAAUCCGAACCAGAGCAGUACGAUCAGUAGCACCACUAAUCUCAGCCAGGAAUCGAAUCGCACCGGGGUCGUCACCACCUCGGGCUCUCCACCACCUCUGCAGCUGACGCCGGUGGGUGAGCGGAGGGGCAGGAGCCGGCACGAAAGGGGUGUCUCCUGCUCCUCCGCCACCUCAUCGCCGUCGCAGUACAACUCCAGCGAGGAGCUGGCCGCCAUCUUUGGCAUCGAGGAGCAGCCGAAGCAGCCGCGGCACAAGCUGCCGACUAAUCCCACAGAAACCAUCGCGGCCUCAAGUGACUUGUCCACAGCACCUGCCACUGCCAAAUCCAGCUGCCAGCCAAGUCAGCUGAAGAAACAGAAACAAGAACUACCACAACCGGAACAGCAACAGAGCCACUCGGAGGAUUCCGGUUCGCAGAAGCCAUCCUACCGAGGCCAGCAUCCCCACUUCCACCACCACACGACCCCCGCCUACUACACGGAUCUCCAGCUGAGGAUCCACACGCCGAAUGCUUCGGACGUGGGGGCUCUGAACGAGAACUACCGGAGUGUCUACAGCACGCCCAGCACCCAGCUGGUGGAGGAGCGCUCCUUCCCCAAGAGUUCCAAGGCCACGGUCGCUCCGCCGCCCAUCAACAGCAGUCCUCCGGCACCUGCACAGGCAGCUCGUGGCGCAUUUUUUCGUGGCGACUCUGCAUCCAGCGACAGUCAUACGAGACGCCGAAGCCUCUUCCCGCGGACCGGCAGCGAGGGACGCUGCUUCAGAUUCUCGCAGGCAUCUGCGAGCCCUACCAAAGGUGAAGUAAUCAGCACCACAGUCACCGCCACCACCGGCAGAACCACUCCCCUUGCAUCCACCACCACAAGCAUCACCAGUAGUUGUGACCCCGUAGAUCCGGCUAGUCCUCCUCCAGUAGUUAGUAAUCCUCCCAGUGGAUCUGGAAGGAGCAGUCGGCACAAGCAGCGCUUCCACAGCCGAUCCCGGCGAGCUGUGCGGGUGCGGAGUGAGUCUCGUCCGAUCAGUGCCCUGUACGACAUAAUAUGCAAGGAGAGGAACCUGGACGUGGGAGCCAGCAACAGCAGCAGCAGCAGCAGCAACGAGCAGGAUCCAGACCAGAACCAGCACCAGCAGAGCCCGCCGAAGCAGCCCCCUAACUCCACAACCGACAAGCUGGCGACCUUUUGGCCUCUGCACCAUCACUACCUCAAUCCUCCCCCGAUGAGCACCAGCAACUUGGGCAACAGCGGCAGUCCGAGUCCCAACUCCAAGCAGCCCAACCAGAAGCCCAGCCAGAAGCCUAGCCAGGAUGGGAACGCCAGGAGCGGCAGCAGCAGCGGCGAAGAGGGCUGCGCCCACGCCCUACACUCUAGUCGCAAGGUCACCAACCUGAGCUCCAAGGCCAAGUCGCUGCCUCCCCAACAGGCUGCCUCGGAGAUGGCCUCGGGGGUGUUAAGCAUGGCAGCAAGCUCGUCUGGAAAAGUGGGCGGCAGGAACCCCAACCCGGGCCCUCGCCUGGCCAAGAGCCUGGAGCCCUCGUCUGUGCGCACUGCCCCGCCUGCCUCCCAGAACGUACUGAACUACGACGCGGGUGCGCCGGUGAAUACCGAGAGGAUGUUCGUGGAGCCACCUAACGUCCCGCUGGCUGCUCUGCGACGGAGCCUCUACGACGACCACUUCGAGAUUGAGGAGAACGACAGCACCACCGAUCUGAGCGCCCAAGCAGCGCUGCUGACGAACGGUGGAGCAGCGAAUGGCCUCCAGCACUCUGAUCCCGAACAUGAGCAUGACCAUCAUCCACAUCAAUCAUUGCCAGUAGAGCCAGUCGAACCUCUGCCCCAGUCUCAUCAUCAUCAAGCCACGAACGCGCGCAGAUUCAUAACGCGCACCACCCGCUCCGCCAGUCGCCAGGGCUCCGCCGGCCACUCCCCGCCGCCACCGCCGUCGCGUUCCGGAUACCGCAGCGACUCCUCCUACAGCUCUCCCUCGCCCUCGCCCACCCGGAGGCGCAACAGGCUGGUUGCCACCGCCAGUGCAGAUCCCCCCUCGUCGGCGAACGGCAACAGCUCCGCCUAUGAGACGGCCGCCACUACUGUGAUGACCCACGGCCCAGCCACACCCCCGCCCCCAGCCCACCAGAGACCUGCUCCUCCAGCUCCAGUCGAAGUUCCUAGGGCUCCUCUGGCCGCCGAGCUCCAGCCAGAAGCCGCCGUUGCAUCCUGCACCGACGCAUCCGCCGAUACCUCAGCCAGCAGCAGCAGCAGCAGUCGAGGAAAAGCAGACAUCGUAUCUGCCGCUAAAUGCAGUUUUAGUUGCACCUUUAACAUCAACAACAACUGCAGCAGCAGAAGCCAGCGCCACUGCAGUGGCAGCAGCAACAACAACACUAACCAGCAGACAAAGCAAAGCCACGCCUCGCCCAUGCCGCCCCUCGCAAACGCCAGCAAGGCGCCGCUCAUUGUGCUUAAAGCAGCAACACCAACCACAACGACACCCGCCGCAACAGCAUCCAGUGGCGGUGCAUCAUCCACCGCCAGUUCGCCGGUUAAGCGCCGCACGAAUCCUGUCUCGCCGCUGCGUUUGGGCGGUCAAUCCGCCUUUGCGCCUCCGCAGGCCACUGCCAGUCCUCUCCUGAGCGGCGGUAGCUGCACCUCGAACUCCGCCGCGACCUCCACCUCGCCCCAGUCCUCGCCAGCGGUGCGCACCACCAAGGCGAGUCGACUACGCGCGGCCGCUCUCGAUAAAAGGAAAGAAGAGGGACAGCGUCAGCGCGUCAGUUCCCCAGCAUCUCCCAGGACAGCCGGCAACGGAGGCACGUCCUCCUCGCUGGCCCAACGCCGACUCAGCAACUCGGAACUGUCUCCCAAGGCAGCGGGAUCCAGUGGAUUCAACUCGGAGCCCGUCACUGCAGGCACCUCGACCCGGAUACCCGGCAGGUCCAUUUCCCAGCCGGCGGACACGCCGCCCAUCCAGCGCCGUCAGCCCCUGGUGGCCGUGGGCUCCGGCCUCUCCAUGAAGCAGAGCCUCAGCGAGCUGCACUUUACAGGCGGUGCGGUGAGCCCGCCCAAGGCUUUGGCGGAGUGCUCGCUGCGAAUGCGUCCGCGCAGCUCCACCCUGAGCACGGAGAACACUGAGAACGGGACGCGGGAUCGGGACCAGCUGGCCAACCUGCAACUGAGUCCCGUGCAGAAGCACAAGAGAACGCCCGAGGUAUCACCGCGUCGUAUGGGAGACCGGGACAAGUCGGCCAAACGCAAGUCGAACCUGAACCGUUCAUUGACCGAGGAAGCCACCAAGGAUGGCGGUGAGGCUGCCACUGUCAGCCGAAGACGCCGCCGUCGAGAACUCGGUCUGUCUCGUCCAUUGGUCCCUGGUGACGAUGAUGCCCUCAGGGAGUUGCUGCAUUCGCCCAUUAAGAGUUCCUGCAGCGAGUCAACGGCUUCCGCAUCCGCCAGCAAGUCGGAUCCCCAUCGCCCAGUCGUCCAGUCUGUUCGCCAUCCGGAGGUUCCAGUACGCACCAUGACAGCGGUGCUGCCCGCUCCACGACCCAUUCACGCGCAUCUAGGACGAGCUGUCAACCAGAAGUUCAACGAGCGGACCCGAACCGAUCUGGCGGAGAUCAAGAAGAUUGCCGAGCAAUCCGACACAUUGCCGCAGCAACAGCAGCCUCCGGAGGAGUCCGCCGCCCAGAAGAUGUCUGCAAUCCUGCGCAGAAAGAGCACGGAUGAUACGGGGGCACCUCUGCAGAACUCGCCACCGGCUCCCAACCAGAUUGUCUCGAUAUUGAAGAAAAAGGAGCACGGCCUGGGCGAAUGCCACUCGAGUGCCUCGAGCAAUCCCUCGCCCGUGACGUUCUCGUCGAGCGUGGUGGACCCCCCUCUGGCAGGGGCUGCUGCCAGGAGCAAGCGGCAGGGAAUACUCAAGAAGAGGUCCAGCCUGGACGAAUCUCGGUACUACUCACGCUCCCACUCUCCUGACGAACGGAGUAUCCUGAUCAAGUCAGCACGUCGAAAUUCGCUGGAGGAGUCUUCGGGAGCCGGGCUCAGCACGGCCCAGGCGCACGGCAUCCUCAAGCAGAGCAGCUACGACAGCAGCAAGAGCGACGGAUGCCCCUCAGCCACAGAGAGCCAGCCGCACAGCAUCCUCAAGAAGAAGGACUCGCUGUCGACGCCCUCAGAUGGCGGGUGCCACAAGCACGUGUCCAUCUCCCAAGCGGUUACAUUGGCCGCGGCCGAGCUGGCUGCCCAUGAUGGCAUGGCGGUGGAGGACACUGGUGAGGAACACGAAAUCCGACCGAUUCUGAAGCAAGAGAGCACGUCCAGCGAGGAGGCGGUGCGUCCACCAAAGCCCAUUCUCAAGAAGAAGUCCUUUGGUGAGGCUGACGAGCACGAGAUCCGCCCCAUCCUGAAGAGCUCGCGCAAGAGCAGUCGUGAGGAGUUCGACCUGGACCUGGAGCACGAAGUGGGCGACUCCCUCGCCUCGAUCCUCAAGACGGACUCGCCGUCGAAGCGUCGCUCCUUGGGAUCCACCUCGCACGACCUGGAUGAAUCCAAUUCGGCAAGCGGAGUUCUUAAGCGACGCACUCGCUCCUUGGAGCGGCAGGACGUAGCGCCAGUGAUGGAUCUGGCGGCCGCCCUAGAUGCGAUUACCACCUCACAGGCGGCGCCCAGCACCCCGGUGGACUUUGUGACCACGCCCUCUGGCAUUUCGGUCGCGGAGCGCAUCAAGCGCAUGGAGAUGCUCUCUACGCCCACCUCCCGCUCGGCCGGAGGCGCCAACAGCAGCUGGGAGUCUCCGUUGCAGUCCACGCCGGAGCAGGGCUCCUCCACCACGCCCCGGCUUCUCAAGCCGAGUGUCCUGCGCAGGGAUCUGCAGAGGGACCGCUACAAGACCCAGCCUGUGACCAACGAAGAGAAGAGCUUCUUUAAAGCCAACUCCGCGCCCUUUGACAUCUCGGCCACGUCCGCCUUCAAGCCCACGAAGCCACUGGACAUCCGUCAGAACCAGGCACCCCACUCAGUGCUGAUAUCCCCGAUCACUGGCCAGCCCCUCAGCCACGUGCCAGCCCCCCUGCUGCUCUCCUCGUCCACCAACUCCGGGUCCGGAGCCUCGUUCCGGCUGGUCCGCAGCGCCACCCAGCCCCUCCAGUCGCCGCGCGUCUUACACCUAGCCGGUCAGGGAGCCGCUCCAGGGAAUUCUUCCGACAGCAGCGUCAAUCUCAGCGAGCAGCUCGCCCUGUCAGUGGGCAACGAUACCGAGCACAUCUUCGACAUGUCCGGCCUGGAGGAGGACUCGGCCAUCCAGUCGCUCGGCGACGACACCGCAUCAGCAUCAGCAACCACUAGCUCAACCGCAACCGGAACCGCAACGACUAUGUCCAGCGGACUGACACGGAGCAACAGCGUCCGGGCCAGGGCCAACAUGUUCCAGCAGUUGCAGGAGCAAACCCGCAACCAGCGGGCUACGGGAUCGUCUCGGCACUCCCCGCCAGCUGCGUGCGCCGCUCAAAACCCUGCGGAUAGUUCCCCGCAAAAUGAGGAGCCCUCAACGCCAAACACUUCAGGGGAUGUGGAAUUCGAGAAGCCGGCCGAGCCCCUCAAGAGCAUCCUGAAGGCGGGAAAGCCCAUCCUCGGAAUGGGCCGUGGCCUCAUGCCAGUGGACCUCAACGCCGAGCUAAAGAACCGCCUCAAACGCUCCACCCACGCCACUGUCUCCAACCUGCGCAAGUCGGCCACCACUGCGGAUGCGACGCGGCCCACCGGCGACGAAGUGGACAACCCCCAGCGAAACCUGGCACACAUCCUGCGGAACGUGGCCAAGGAAAACGCCACUCCCAAGCACGACGACGCGGUGAGCCUGGUGAGGAAUCUAGCUACCCUGGGUCAGCCCCGAGCGGCGGCCAGCGAGGAUGCGGCCGGAAACUGCGCCUCGGCUUCGGAGGGCGAGAGCUCCGGCGGCCGGGAGAUCGAGGCCAUCAUCAAGAACAGCGCUGUGGCAAGACGGCGCCGCCAGCAGCAGCAACAGCAGGCUGAUGGCAACCUCGUUGCGAAAAGCAAGAGUCACUCGGCCAUAUCGUCCGGCGUCGCUCAGCCCCUCGGCCUUGGUCCCCAGCUGCCUCCCCUCGGCGCCAGCGGUUUCGUGAAGUUGCGACAUGUAGCCAGAGAGUCUGACAACGCCCCCAGUAGCAGCAGCACAUCCUCAGCCAAGAACUCGCCGGACAAGCCGAAGGACCAGGACGAGCCGAGAGAAGUCCCUGGCGCAGGAGACCCACCGCAUCUCACAGACUCUUCUCAAUCGCUAGAAGCAGCCCAGCGCUCGUCAGAGGAGACUGAGGUCAUGGGCCCUGAUCAGCGCUCCAUCGCCAAGACCGGCUCCAUCGCGGAGCGCCUGGCGGCCCUGCAGAAGAGCGGCGAGGACGACUGGAAGAAGCGAAUCUCGAAGCGCGACGAGGUCGACGAGGUGCGGCGCGAAAACUUCGUAAACGAAUCGCUCUCCUUGGCCCACUCGCUGUCGGACAAGCCGCUGCCCCCGUCCCCGCUUAUUCCCACUAGCCUGGAGGGCGGCAAGGUCUCCGACCGCCUGAGCCAACUCAAGUGCAACUCCGAGAACUGGAAGCAGCGGAUAGAGCAAACCGAUGCCAAGAAGUUCACAGUCGCUGGCCGACUGCAGAAGAAGGCCCAGUCCCCCGUGGAGCUACAGUUUGAGCGGUCGCCCAAUGACGAGGCCAAGAAGUGCCCCAUGGUGGAGGUGCGCAGCGCCAACCAGCCGCAGCUGGGCCUGGCCAAGAGCCCCUCCAUGAUGGUCACCACGGGCGGCAGUGCCGCCCCAAAAAGCACGCUGCGCAGCUUGAGCGUGAACCCGGAGGAGGAGGUACCCAGCCUGAGCCGCUCCAACAGCAGCAGCUCGGAAUCGGAUGGCGAGCGGAGUGCCCCGCAGAACGCCAAGCACAACAAGGAGCUGGCCAACAACAAGAGCGCCGCGGCACCCACAAAUGUGGGGGCCAGGAUUCUGGUUCCUCGUCUCGACGACAAGGAGACCUUUGAGAACUUCUUUGCCUCGGCGCCCAGGAAGGAGGAGAGCGUGCAGCUGGAGAUCAGUUCCUUCGACGACAUUAAGCCCACGGAGCGCUUGGUGAGCAAGCGAAACGUGCAGGGACCUAAGGGACGCAGAGCGGCUCGCAAUCCUCUCAAGAGCUUGGCUGCCCGAGAGGACAUCAGCUCGGAGUACACGGAGGUGAGGUCGGGAAUAGCCGAGCGGGAGCUCAGACGCCUCAAGCUGGAGUCAUAUGGCCAGAACGCGAACCUGGCUGCGGAGGCCAUAGCAGGCCUGGCCUCCAUUGAGGACUUCAAGUCGGUGGCCCUGCGCUCCUCAUCCAUCCCGCUGCAGCAGAUGUGGCUGCCCCACAAGCCGGUUAUGCUGCUCCACGUUAAGGGACGCACCCACGUCCAGACCCGUCUGGUGGACCCCGUUCACACUUCACUGAACCGAGGAGAUUGUUUCAUCCUAGUCGCUGGCGCCCAGUUGUUCCGCUACGUCGGAUCCUUCGCCAACGUGAUUGAGAUUUCGCGCAGCAAGAAGAUUUGCGCUGCCAUUGUGGAGAACAAGGACCUGGGCUGCACUGCCACCCAGGAGGUCAUUCUGACGGAUGGGAAGUACGUGAACGAGCGGCAGUGGCGUCAGUUCUGGCAACUCUUGGGGAAGAAGGAGGACGACAGAUCGGAAAUUGCCGACUGCGGCCAUGCCGACGAGGACGACGUCUUCGAGAGUAGCCUGAUUGAGACAAACAAGAUCUACGAGUUCCAGGACGACGGCUUGGUCCCUCUGGACAAGUUCUGGGGCUGCAUCCCCAAGGUGGACAUGCUGGACACUCGCAAAGUGCUCGUUUUUGACUUUGGAAGCGAGCUGUACGUUUGGAAUGGCAAGAACGCCCCCUCGGACGCCAAGAGGGCUGCCAUGCGGCUGGCGCAGGAACACUUUGGUGCGGAGAACUCCGCCGACUAUGCCCAGUGCUACCUCAAUCCGCUGAACUACGCCUGCAUCGUGGGUCGCCGGGAGAACACCAAGUACGCCAAGAGAACGGAAAAGCGUCCGGAAUGGUGCAUUCUGGGGAAGAUCACCCAGAACAUGGAAACGGUGCUGUUUAAGGAAAAGUUCAGCGACUGGCCCGAGCUAGAGCGCGAGGACUUGGAAAAAGACUACCUCGCCAAUGGGAUUCAUGAGGUGCGUGCUCUCAAUGGAACUGCUCUGUACAAAGGAGAGCCCUACCAGGAGCCGAACCUGGUUUUGGAGCAGGCCAACCUGGGGCGAGGCAAUUUCUACUACGACACGGAUACAAUGCGGCACUUUGACGUAAUCACUAAGUCCACGGAUAAGUGGCAAAUCCACGAGUUCAACUUCGACUCGGAAAACGCUCGCGAGGAUUACGGGCACUUUUAUUCGGCCGAGAGCUACAUAGUGCGCUGGAUCUACCAAAUUUCGGUGACAGUGCGGGAGCUGAGCGGAAAGGUGUCGAACCGAAGCACGGUUGGACGUGACCGCUGCGUCUACUUCACCUGGCAGGGCCGGCAAUCCAGUGCCAAUGAAAAGGGGGCUGCGGCGCUUCUGACAGUGGAGCUGGACAAAGAAAAGGGAGCCCAGUUGCGGGUGUCCCAGGGAGAUGAGUGUACAGCCUUCGUGCGCUUGUUCGGCCAACUUUGGCAACAUCGAGGACGCAAGGAGGAUUGUCUGAAAAGGCGGAGCCAGUGGCGCCUGUAUCAGCUGCAGGGGAAUGUGAAAGAGGAGACUCUUCUUAAAGAAGUCGACUGUCAGGCGGGUCAGUUGCGCUCCCGAAACUCCAUGCUUCUAAUUCACGGAAGUCAAGGAAGUGUAAUCGUCUGGCAUGGAUCGAAGAGCGCUGCACACACGCGAUCAGUGGCCUUGGACGCUGCCAUGGAACUCGUCACAGAAAAGCCCAAGCACCUCUUCAGCUGCGAAGAUGUCAAGGUCACGGAGAUGGAGGAGGGAUCGGAAACAGAGGAGUGCCGAAAGGUCCUGGGAUUGAGCGAUCAGCGCAAGGAAUACGACAGUCUUACCGAGUCCACCAAGGCCUACAACUACCAGCUAAGGGUCUUCAAUUUCUCCAGUACGCAGGGCGUAUUCAAAGCGAUCGAAUUGAUUGAUCCUUUGCGUUGCCAAGAACUGCAGAGUCCGUACCCCUUCAGUCAGGAGCAACUGUACAACGCCAGGCAACCGACCAGCUUCCUUUUGGACGACGGCGACGUGCUGUGGCUGUGGAUGGGCUGGUGGCCCUUGGAGGACGUGAAAAUAAACACAGACGAACGUAGCAGUCCCACGAACGACAAUCGGGCUGGUGUGAAUCGCUGGAUCUCAGAGCGACGUGCUGCCCUGGAAACAGCCGUCGACUAUUGGCGUGCCAAGCACGGCGAAAACGAAAAGGAACCUUUCCACGGCAUCCGCGGCCAGGUGGUUUGGGCCGGCCUAGAACCGGUGGCCUUCAAGGCUCUCUUCCCCGAGUGGACAGAUCGAUCGGAUGUGCGCGACAUCAACGAAGAGGAUGGUCGAACCAAUGUCCCCGUAACCAUUAGCGAAAUGCUGGCACAAAUGACUCAGACCGAAUACCCGCUGGAGGUGCUUAAGGCGCGACCCUUACCCGAGGGCGUGGAACCCACGCGUCUGGAGGUCUACCUGAACAGUGAUGACUUCAAGUUGGCCCUGGGCUGCAGCCGAGCGGAGUUCGAGCAGCUGCCCAUUUGGAAGCAAACGAAGCUGAAGAAGGAGCGAGGGCUGUUCUAGGAGAGAGGAGCACAAUGCAACCUUAUAGACUUGAACACUAUCACAAAAGAAUCACUCAAAACACUUUCUUAGCAAUGCUUUGCAAUCAGCACAAACAGACCCUAACAUAUUCUACGUAUUAGGCCUUUUAGUAUACCAAGUAUCAUAUAUACACGUGCGCAUAUCCCCAUGUACUCUCUAUUUUACAAGUACAUAAAAUUAACUUUAUAUAAACAUAUAUAUAAACAUAUACACACGCGAGCAGGCUGCACUUUAAGUCUUUUACAGGAGUGCAGGUCAGGCAAUAAAUAUUCAACCCGCUUCAUUUUAACGCACUUCCGAGAUAAUCGCUUUUACGUAUAGUUGUAGUUCUAAGGCCUGUUGUUUUACGUUUAUUUUAAAAUUUAACGAAAUUGCAUUUGUUUCAUCUCUGCAAGCACCAAAAAUUUGACUAGCCUUGGUUAAAUCGUUGUUUUAAAUUCGAAAUCCUUUAACAUUAGCUUUAUUUUCCCCACUUCGCAUCUAUGUCAGUGUAUUUGUUUUUAUUAUUGCGUAUAAUUGCGUACGUUUAGUUUAUUUUAUUUGAGAAAUUUAUUUUACAUAAUUUAGUUGUAUUUAUGGCCUAAGCUUAUACUGUAAAUUUUGGGACAGUUGAUGUCGUAGUGAGCCGUGACUGCGAGCUUAAGUGAAUUAACUAUGGUUAAAGUUAGCAUCCAUCACUAUUUCCCGCCGUCGCUGUCUAGGAAGCCGCGUUGCUGUGAAUCUCGCGAACGAGACGUGCGACUAAUUCGCAGCAGGCCUUCUGUCUGUUCUUUGCCACGGCCAUGACCUAAAAUAAAAUAAAUGAAAAAAAUGUUAAAACAAAUUAAA